AUGUCUCUACAAUGUUUAUUCAUGUUUCUUUUUCUUCUUGCUUUUGCAGAAUCACAAUCCACAAUACAUCCCUUUAACCAUACUGAUUUACAAGCAGCAAUAGGUGACAUGAGAGCAAAAUCUUUCUAUGGAUUUGCAAUGCUUUUGCAGAUGCUAAAUGGAACAUCACAACCAACUAGGGACUUCACUUUUUUAAUGCCUGAUGAUAGAGAAUUAUCUGCAUCAGCUAUUUCAGCUGAUCAAAUUGAAGAAUUUUUAUUAAGCCAUGCAAUUCCAAUGCCUUUGUAUUUCUAUGAUUUGUCACAUUUUCCAACUGGUACACUUGUUCCAUCAGGAAUUAGCUCUAGAAUGAUUAGGAUUCAUAAUCGCGGCAGAGGCGAUUUCUUUGUUAAUAACGCACAAAUUGUUUCGGCUAAUAUUUGCUUGAGCUCUGUCAUUAAAUGUCAUGGUGUUGAUGCAAUAAUUGAAUAUGAUUAA